AUGGAAAACAUUAUUUUCUCUGUCCACGUGUUGGUCAUCGUGCCCGGUCUCUCAGUAUUUGAUGUUUAUCUGUUUUCGUUCUGUUUCCUUCACGAUACUUCCACCACCUCCCAAAUCGAGUCUCCUCUCUUCUUCUACCCUUUGCUCCCUCCACCGCCAACCAUCGGUCUUGUAAUUGAAGCUUCAGGUCUUCAUACUUGCAAUCGAUCAAAUAGGUAUUCCCAGAUACCCUUGCAAACUGACGAUCGGUGGUAUGCGGAGAUCGACGAGUCGAUCAGUCGACUUCUUAAUCACAAAAUCGAUACUUGUCUUCCGGUGCCGGAGGUCUCCGUUCGUCAAAUGGUCCACCGGAGACACUUCUUCGCCGUCGUUAGCGGAUGGCUCUAA